UCUUAUCGCAUAUCCAUGCUAAUGAUUAUUUGCUAGCAUGUUUAAUCCUAACCACGAGAUCAAUAAUUAUUUUCAUAUGUUCCUUUGUUUGACAUUGAGAUACUAAUUUUGGGUGUUGGUGCACCAAAUGUAGUUUCUUAUAAUCGAUGAAGUCGACCGAAUAUUGGAGGCUAACUUUGAGGAAGACAUGGAGCAAAUAUUUAAGCGGCUGCCAAAGACAAGGCAAACUGCUCUAUUUACAGCUACCCAAACUAAGCAGGUUGAGGAUUUUGCGAACUUGUCAUUUAAGGAAAAGCCUGUAUAUGUAGGUGUUGAUGAUGGAAGGUCGAAGGUGACCGUCGAAGGGUUGCAGCAGGGCUAUUGUGUCGUGCCUAGCAAUAAAAGGUUUCUGGUCUUGUAUGCUUUUCUUAAGAGGAACCUUUCGAAGAAGAUAAUGGUCUUCUUCUCCUCAUGCAAUUCGGUCAAGUACCAUUCUGAGCUUCUCAGAUACAUUCAUGCUGAUUGUCUCGAUAUCCAUGGAAAGCAGUUAUUUAGAAACGGAAAUAAAAUGAGAUUAAAGGUUGCAGAAAAAGGGCCAAGCAGAGGUUUGAACCCAAAAGCUGCGUGUUAA